UACGAUCAAUUCAUUCUUUUCGGAGACUCUAUCACGCAAGGCGACGGCAACCCAGCGCUGGGAUAUAGCUGUUUUGAAGCCCUCCAGCAUGAUUACUCGAGACGAGUCGAUAUCAUUGCUCGCGGCUUUAGUGGCUACAACACAGAAAAUGCACUCGCCGUCUUACCCAAGAUAUUUCCCACUCCCAAGCAAGCGCGAGUUCGCCUUGUGACUAUCUUCUUCGGCGCCAACGAUGCCUCGCUUCCUAACACAACGGGCCAGCACUUGCCGCUCCCAACUUUUGCCCAGAACCUCAAAGCGUUGGUACAGAAUCCUGCCAUCCAGGCACAUGCCAACAUUAAGCUGCUCUUGAUUACGCCUCCGCCAAUCGACGAGUGGGCGUUCGAUUCAUGGGAUGAGCCUGGAAAGUCGGCGCGCAAAGCCGAAGUAGCUCGCGCCUAUGCCGAGGCAGUUGUGCAAGUAGGAAAGGAGUUGCAAGUCGCAGUCGCGAAUUUGUGGAGCGCAUGCAUGGUGGAAGCGGGGUGGGAUGAUAAGUGCGGGGGAUGGCCAUUGUCAGGAGAUAGACGGGCAGAGAGAAGUGAGGGAUUGGCAAGGUUAUUGACUGAUGGCUUACAUCUGAGUGGUGAUGGCUACAAGAUAUUGUACCAAGAGAUGAAGAAGGUUAUUGCCGUUUCUUACCCUGAGCUAAAGCCUUCAAGCAUA